AUGAGGCAAUGCCGCGCCAAGGAGCGAGCGAUCCACGCCUUCGCGAAUGUAGGCUGGGAUUCCUCCACGAUUCCAUCGCAGUGGUGUCAUCGAUCGUGUUCUGGCGCGAGGAGGAGGGAUUUCUUCAGCGAGGUAGGCGGUCCAAACGUUUUCACCUUCCUCGUGGCAUUCAAGGCGUGCAGCAUGGCGAGAGAGCUCGAGCUUGGCAGAAGAAUUCACGACGACGCUGCCGGGAUUGGAGAUCUUUCUAGCAAUUUCGUGGCCACCGCUGCCGUGGACAUGUACUCGAGCUGUGGAAGCAUGGCGGAGGCUCGCAGGAUCUUUGAGAGCUUGGCAAAUCCAGACGUGGCGCUGUGGAACUCUCUGGUGAUGGGAUACGCGAGAAACAGGGAUAGCAGGCUGGCUUUGGAGUUUUUCUUCGCGAUGGACCGCGAAGCAAAUGCUCGGAGCUAUGUAGCGGGGCUCACGGCUUGCUCGGGCAUGGCGGGCGAAGAACAGGGACAGGAGAUCGAUAGGAAAGAGAUCAAAGUUAUGAGCCUGGAAAAGGGGAUGGAAAUUCACUCGCGAGCAGUGAAAGGUGGUCACUUGGGAGAGAUUUUCGUGCAGAACUCGCUGGUGGACAUGUAUGGAAAGUGUGGAAGCGUUCUGGACGCAAGAACAGUGUUUGACAGGAUGAUGCAUCACGACGUGAUCUCGUGGAAUUCUCUAAUGGUCGGAUCUGUGGAAAGUGGUGAGAUCGACUUGGCUCUCGAUCUCUUCGACUGGAUCCAUCGAAGCUGCGAGCUGCUGAUAAACCCGAGAGUCUACGUGACUGCUCUCACGGCGUGCUCUCGCAAGGCUAUGAAAGAAGAGCGGAAGGUGGGAGGACUUGUGAAGAUCGAGAGCCUUGAGAGAAGCAUGGAAGUUCACUGCUUGGCGUCCGGGAAGAACAGCUGUGAUCAGCUAGAUCUCUUCGUGGGAAACACACUCGUCGAAGCGUAUUCCAAGUGCUCGUCCAUGCUAGACGCUCGGCGAGCUUUCGACAGGAUGAAAGACCACGAUGCUGUGUCUUGGACGAGCCUCAUUCUGGGAUACACAGACAACAACGAAGCCGAGCUAGCUCUGGAGAUCUUCUCGGCUAUGGCGGCUCAAGGCGUUUGCAAGCUCCACUCUGGGACUUUCGUGGCGGCCUUGACGGCUUGCUCGAGCUUGGAGAGGGUCCAGGAAUUCCACUCUCGGUUUCUGGAGGCUGGUUGCUACGACAACGCUGGGGCUGUCGUCGAGAACAGCUUGAUCGACGCUUACUCGAGAUGUGGAAGAACAGUGGAGGCAAAGUCUGUGUUUGAUUCGAUCGAGAGCCCGACUGUGGUCUCGUGGAACGCUCUCAUGCUGGGAUACGAGGAGAAUGGUGAAUCCCAGCUCGCUCUCGACUUGUUCCAGAUGAUGAUCCGGCAGAGGCUGUGCUCUCCUAACGCCAAAACUCUCGUCGCCGCGCUCACGGCCUGUGCAAGACUCGGGGCAGCCGAGGAGAGCUCCAGAGAGAAGGCUGCGUUGCUUCAAACAGGCGUGUCCAUUCAGCGUGAAGCCGAGAGACUCUUCUACGACUCGGACGUGUCUGUGACGCGAGCUCUCGAGAUCAUGUAUGCAAAGUGUGGUGAAGCUCGCGAGAUUUUCCUGGGCGAUGAUGGUGAUGGAAGUCACAGAUAA